AUGCUGAUUUGUUCAGCAAAUGGCAAAUUUCCCCAUCCAACAGAAGUAGAAAAAAAAUCAGUGGAAAAUGGUUUUGAAAAUCCUAACGAAAUAAUACAGAGUUCAGUCAGCAUAGUAACUUUAGGAAAAGCCGAUGAAAACCCGAUUUCGAAUGGAGAGAAGAUGAAAAUGAGUUACAAAACUGAAGGAAUCAAAAGUAAGAUAGAUGAAAUAGCAAACGAUCAGAAGAAAUUAAAAGUAGAUCGGCAAAAGUAUGGUAACAAUAUUCCAAAUGAUAUCCAUGAAUCAAAGCAAAAUUCAACUACAAGAAUGAUUGAAUUUGUAGAGGCUACGAUGAAAAAACACGAAGAAAUAGAAAUUAUUGAGCCUUGCGUACUGGGCGAUGCAAAUAAUUACUUGUCGUGGUGGCUCCAUAAAAAUGGUUCCCUCGUAAAUCAAGGCAUUUCUUCGUAUGGAUUUCAUAUUGAUUUGUCAUCAACACGAGUCAAUGGUUCUCUAGAGGUUAUAAUGAUGAAUGAAAUGAUGAACAAAGCGCAGAAUGAUAUUGUCUUUCUUAGCAUGGCUAAGAUGAAUCUGCAAAAGGUUCCGUUAGAAGCGUUGCUUGUAGUAAGAACAAGUGUUCACUAUUUAUCUUUAUACGGCAAUAAUUUUUUUAUUGCUCCAGUUUUAUAUGGAAGCUUUCAAGAAUUUGACUGGGCCCGCUUCCCUAAUUUGAGUAAUUUGGAAGAACUUGAUCUACGAAACUGUGCAAUAAAUUACAUCGCCCAAGGUCUAUUUGAAGAUAUGCCUAAACUAAAAAAAUUAUAUCUUGCCCACAAUCGUCUUUCCGAAAUAUCAUCUGAUUUAUUUAAAUACACACCAAGUUUAGUGCAUUUAGAUAUUAGUUACAAUGAUGUUUAUUACGAAGGAUCUCCAGGAUUAUCAAAAGAUCCAUAUGAACGAUUUGUAGAUGGACUUGUCAUAAGCGAUGAUGCCUUUUCUGGUUUGAUCAACAUUGAAACUUUAGAUUUUUCAAAAACUAAAAUAUCUCCGAUCAGUGCUAGAGCUUUUGCUAAACUUGGGAAAAGUCUUAAACAUCUAUCACUCUGCUAUACCGAUUUACCAUUAAUCAAUUCAAAUAUGUUCAAUAACACAACACUAAGAGUACUGGAUCUUUCUGGAAAUCCGACCACAUCAUCGGUUGUACUUUGCGACGCAUUUUCAGGAUUACAGGAUACUUUAGAAGUUUUAUUUUACAGAAAAUCGAAUGUCAAAUAUUUAGUUGGUUUGAAUAAACUCAAAUCAUUGAAAAUUCUUCAUUUGGGAUGUAAUAUUAUAAGUGUUUUGCAUAACGACACAUUUGCCGGAUUACCAAAUCUGGUAAUACUAGAUUUGAGUAAAAAUCAUAUUAAUAAUUGGUACACCAGAGUUUUUGCAAAUAACACUAAAUUAGAAAUGAUAAAUUUGCGCCAAAAUAAUAUCAAUUUAAUGAGCCAAGAAAUGAUGCAAGACUUCCAUAAACUACGUUACUUGGCAAUUGGUAGAAACAAUUUUGUAUGCAACUGCAGAGUACGAGACUUUAUAGAUGUUAUGAAGAUGACAGCACAUCAUAAUCCAGAGUUAUCCGAGAUUAAAGAUGUCAUAAAUAAUAUGCUUUUAGAUGACCUGACAAAUCAGAUAGUAGCUGAAACUUAUCUUUAUGACAUUGAAAAUUUUCAAAAUUAUAAUGAAUACGAACAUUCAAGAUAUAUCUACCGCUCAAACGAACUUGAUUCAACAAUCAAUUCUGAUUUCAAAUCAGUUGAAAUUUCAAACAACUUCUCAUUGAACUUGACUUUACGCAGUCAUUCAUUUAAAACAAAUAAAGUAGAGAAAAAUAUGUCAACUUUUUUUCAUUUUGAUCAUACUAAUGCACUUUUGAAUAACAGCUUUAUUGUAAUUGACUAUAGCCCCGAAGAUUAUCAAUGUGUAGAAUCAAAAUCAGGUGAUCGAGUACCUUUCCAUAAGGUGGAACCAUGCCCAACAAGCAUAUUAGAAGAGACAGAGUACAUACUAAAGGCCUGGCAAGUAUUUUUAAUAGCAGUGAUUUCUAUAAUGGCAUUUUUAUGCAUCUCUCUAAUUAUUUACCGCAAGUGGUUUUACUUGAAAUAUUGUUUCGGAUUGAUGCGAAAUGCAUUAGUUCUCAGCUGCAUGGAUAAAGAAGUAGAGCAGUUUAGAAAACGCGCAAGUCAAUCAACAUUUUUAGACUAUUCAUAUGACGUAUUCAUAAGUUAUUGUGAUGAAGACAGAAUGUGGGUUCUUGAUGAACUUUUACCCAAUAUAGAAAAAAAUGAUAUUUCAGCUUGCUUACACGAAAGAGAUUUUGUUGUGGGAAUGAGUAUUUUGGAUAACAUUGUUUAUUGCAUGGACAGAUCUAAAGUUCUUCUCUUAGUGGUGAGCAAUCAGUUUCUAAGCAGACGCUGGUGUCAGUUUGAAAUGCAUUUGGCGCAAUACCGAUUAUUGGAAACUAUGAGAGACCGCCUUAUUCUAGUUUUGUUAGAAACUAUUCCACGGGGCAAGCGACCAAAAACUUUAAGGUACCUAAUGGCCACCAAAACCUAUAUACAGUGGCCAACCAAUACAGAAGAGCAAGGCAUAUUUUGGAAACGCUUAAAGAAAGCCUUGGCAUUAGAAGAAGGAAACCUUGAUAAGAGUACUAUUUCAUUGGCUUAA